CACCUUUGACAUUACACACAUUCCAUCAUGGCGGCGGCGGAUGUAAACAAUUGAUCACUUUUGGCAGAUUUUCGUGAUUUUUCACUCCCAAAAAGUCUGUAAACGGUAACAAACAGCGAUGGACAAAUACGAGAAGAUUCGUGUCGUCGGCCGGGGAGCGUAUGGUACUGUGUACCUGUGCAAGCGUCUGGACACCAUGAAGGAAGUCAUCAUCAAACAGAUUCCCAUCGAGCAGAUGACGAAAGACGAGCGACAGUCGGCGCUAAACGAAGUCCGCGUUCUCUCCAUGUUACAUCAUCCAAACAUCAUCGAGUACUAUGAGAGCUUUCUCGAGGACAAGGCACUCAUGAUCGUUAUGGAGUAUGCGCCAGGGGGAACAAUAUUUGAAUAUCUGCAGCAGAGAGGAAAUGCACUACUGGAUGAAGAGGAAAUUCUGCAGUUCUUUGUCCAGAUGUUGUUGUCAUUACAGCAUGUCCAUGCCAAACAGAUCUUACACAGAGACUUAAAGACACAGAACAUCUUGCUGAACAGGAAGAAGAAUGUGGUUAAGAUCGGAGACUUCGGCAUCUCUAAGAUCCUGAGCAGUAAGAGUAAGGCUUACACAGUGGUGGGGACGCCUUGUUACAUCUCACCUGAGCUGUGUGAGGGAAAACCCUAUAACCAGAAGAGUGACAUCUGGGCCCUUGGCUGUGUCCUGUACGAGCUGGCAAGUCUCAAGAGGGCAUUCGAGGCUGCUAACCUGCCAGCCCUGGUGCUGAAGAUCAUGCGUGGCACGUUUGCGCCGAUCUCGGACCGCUACAGCGAAGACCUGCGGAGACUCAUCCUCAGCAUGCUGCACCUGGACCCCAGCAAGCGGCCGACUAUCACCCAGAUCAUGGCUCAACCCAUCGUCAUAACGGCUCUCAUAGCACUGUACACGGACCUGGGAGGGAUCCAGCCUUCAAAACCGCAGCAUCCCUUAUCCAGCCUGCCACCUGUGACCAGAGGACGGGGCAGCAGGGUCAGCAGUGCGCGGUCUCACAGGACGAGUGUAGUACUGGACUCGAGCGGUAACCUAGCGCAGCCCCGCCCGCUGUCGUCCGUGUACUCGUGGGGAGGGGGGAUCACCCAGCCGGUCAAGCUGCAGCUGCCUCACAGCGACACUCAGGUGAUGCAGGUGUCGACAGGACGUACCCAGAAGGCAGGUGUGACCAGGAACGGCCGACUCAUCAUGUGGGAGGUCCCGACUGUUGCCACGGAUGCUGCCAUGCCGGGUGCCACAGACCACGCCGCGCUGCAGUUCAUCCCCCGGUUCCUAGAGGGCCAAUCCGGGGUCACCAUCAAGCAAGUGUCCUGCGGGGACCUCUUCACAGCCUGCCUUACAGACCGCGGAAUCCUGAUGACGUUUGGGAGCGGCACAAACGGAUGCCUGGGGCACGGGCAAACGAACGACGUGCAGCAGGCCAAGAUUGUGGAGGCUCUGUUGGGGUUUGAGGUGACACUGGUGUCAUGUGGUGCGACGCACGUCAUGGCGGUUACCAACGAACAUGAGGUGUUCUCCUGGGGAAGGGGUGACCACGGUCGGCUGGGGCUGGGGAACAGAGAGUCCUACUCGACCCCCCAACCGGUGCCCAUCCCCUCCCCCCAUCUGGUCAAGUCUGUGCACUGCGGAGUGGACUGUUCCAUUCUCCUCACCACCGACAACAGACUGCUGGGCUGUGGCAGCAACAGGCACAACAAGUUGGGUCUGGACAUCCUACCGGCGGACGACUCCCCGUCACAGCAGAUAGAUGAGAUGUGUGUGUUUGUUCCUGCAAGCUCUGCUCCUCUUCUGACCACCAGGAUAUCAGCUGUGGCACUGGGGACCUCACACUCUGCUGCCAUCACAGAGUCAGGGCAGUGUUACACGUUUGGAGCCAACAACUUUAACCAGCUGGGCUACCAGAAGGACAGCAAAGACAGGAGGCCGCAACUGGUGCCUGCCCUGGAGGGUGUCUGUAUCAGCAUGGUCGAAUGUGGGGAUACCUUUACUGUGGCUAUCACUGUAGAAGGAGAAGUGUACACGUGGGGGAAGGGGUCGAGGGGCAGACUGGGCAGGAGGGAGGAGAACACCAACAUCCCCAAACCUGUCCCCCUCCUCGAUAAUGAGCCGUUCCAGAUCAUCUCUGUCUCCUGUAGCCAUGGCAACACUCUCCUAGCAACAGAACCAAUUCCUGAGCCUGGAACAACCAGAUGAGAGAGGAGGAUGCAACAGAGGAGCUGAUUGGCCAGAUGGACCAAAUAAGAGCCUUGUCCUCAUACAACAGGGAUGCUGAUUGGCCAAACAAAUCAUGUUUAAAAAGAUGCAUUAAUAAGUGAUGCUCAUUGGCUAUGACAAAGAGUAAAAUGAAUGCUGCUUUCUGAUUGUAUAAGAUGGGAUAUGUCCUUUGGCUUUGCCGGACUCGAGUUGACUAUUUUCUUGUCACGUUUUGAAUGUCUAAAUCUUUCUCUAAUGUUAUAUGUAUAAAGAACUAUGUAGUACAUGUGUUUGGGUUGUAAUAUAAUGUGCAAUAGCAUUGUACUUGUAUCUUUUUCUUGUAAAUGUUAUAUAUUUCUAGUACAUUUAAAACAAGGUGGAGUAGAAUUCUAUAUUUUGUAAAUUUGCAUAGUUAAAGCUGGCUAAAGGUAAAGACUUGUGCAAAGAAGUGUCUUACUGAUGAUUUCUAUUGACUCAAGACCACAGAGAUUCAUUUCUUCGGUUCUCUGAUGACAUUUUUAUUGAAUAAGAGAUGACAGAACAAUCAUAUCAUGCAAUUAAAGAUCAUCUUGGAAAUAAAACUUGAAUCUGACAACAUGUAUAUUUGUUCAUUCCUGAAGCU